AUUAUUUGGUAUUUAAGCACCACCUCCAUACCUCCAUAACCAUCCAAAACAACAAGCUUCCAUCUAUCUUUCAUUCACUCACAUACAACCUUCAAGAUGUCGAAGCAAUCUUUAUCUUUGGUCUUCAUGAUCAUAGGAAUCUUGAGCGUGUCAGCAGUGGAUCCAGCACCGGCGGCAGCAGCAGCAGGAGGAGGAGGUGGAGGAGGAGAACAUGUUUUCGAGCUCUACAUGCAUGAUAUUCUUGGUGGCAGCAACCCCACAGCAAGACCAGUAACAGGUCUACUAGGUAACAUAUACAGUGGUCAAGUCCCCUUCGCUAGACGCAUAGGUUUCCGGGCACCACAAGGCGGAGUAGCGAUUCCUAACGCCAAUGGUGCCAUUCCCACCGUGAACGGCAACGGGAUCCCACUCGGAACUGGCUUGGUUGGCACCCAAUUCGCCGGAAACCUGAACCAAAACAAUGUUCAAAACCAGAUCGCUGCCCAAUUGGGACCAGAUGGGCUAGGGCUAGGGUUCGGGACCAUAACAGUGAUCGACGAUGUUCUGACCAUCGACCCAAAAUUGGGAUCGCAGUCGUUAGGGAAAGCACAAGGAGUUUACGUUGCAAGCUCGGCGGAUGGAAGUAGACAGAUGAUGACAUUCACGGCGAUGAUGGAAGGAGGUGAGUAUGGAGAUAGUAUCAAUUUCUUUGGAGUUUACCAUAUCGGAAGUGCGAUGUCUCGGUUGUCGGUGACCGGUGGCACAGGGAAGUUCUUGCAUGCUUGUGGGUUUGCUGAGGUUCGAUCGCUCAUACCAGCUGGUCAGAUUGUUGCAGAUGGCGUGGAGUCGUUGAUGAGGUUGACUGUUCAUCUUUCUUACUGAGACUUCGAUCAAGAAACGUUUAAUGGAGUUAUGUGUGUGGUUUGUGAAGAAAAUCAGAAAAUGUGCAUCCUUGUGUUUCUGUAAAUCAAUGUUUAAUGAUUGAAGGAUUUAUAAGUAUAAGAUUUGCUAAACUUUGUAUCUUUGGUUGAAGGAUGUAUAAGUGAAAGAAAUAUGACAACAUGAAUUUUCAAAGUGUUAA